GGGGCCUCGGUAUUUUCCAAAUCUUGACUGCAUGACGAACUCCGGAUAAAUUGAGCUCCCAUUGGAGGCUUGGAGCUAAUCAUGUAGUGGAAACAAAACACGCACACACUCUCUCUCUCUCUCUCUCUGCCUUCAAAUUUAAUUCCCUGAAAAUUCCAAUGGGCGAGAAAAGCAAAAUUCUGAUCAUCGGAGGAACUGGGUACAUCGGGAAAUUCGUAGUGGAAGCCAGUGCCAAAUCCGGCCACCCAACCUUCGCUUUGGUUAGAGAAAUCACAAUGUCCGAUCCUGUUAAGGCCAAACUCAUUGAUAGCUUCAAAAACUCCGGCGUCACUUUGAUCCAUGGAGAUUUGAACAACCAUGAGAGUUUGGUGAAGGCCAUAAAGCAGGUAGAUGUGGUGAUAUCUACUACUGGCAAGACAUCCACUGAUGGAUCAUCGCCGUUGUUAGAUCAGUUCAAACUCAUCGCUGCCAUUAAAGAAGCUGGCAACAUUAAGAGGUUCUUCCCUUCAGAGUUUGGAAACGAUGUGGAUCGUGUCAAUGCGGUCGAGCCAGCCAAAACUGCAUAUGCAAUGAAAGCCCAACUCCGCAGAGCUAUUGAGGCUGAGGGAAUUCCCUACACCUUUGUGUCUUCAAACUAUUUUGCCGGCUAUAAUCUGCCUCACUUUGGACAGCCAGAACUUUCCGCUCCCCCCAGAGAGAAAGCAAUCAUACUUGGGGAUGGAAAUCCCAAAGCUGUAUUUGUUGCGGAGCAUGAUAUUGGUACCUACACCAUCAAAGCUUUGGAUGAUCCAAGAACAUUGAACAAGAUCCUUUACAUGAGGCCUCCUAAAAACAUGUACUCGCUCAAUGAACUCGUUUCCUUGUGGGAGAAGAAGAUUGGCAAGACCCUCGAGCGAAUCUAUGUCCCGGAGGAUCAAGUCCUGAAGCAAAUCCAAGAGUCCCCGAUUCCAAUCAAAAUUACUUUAGCAAUCUGCCACUCUGUAUAUGUGAUGGGAGACCAGACGAACUUUCAGAUCGAGCCCUCGUUUGGGGUUGAGGCUUCUGAGCUUUAUCCUGAUGUCAAAUACACCACUGUUGAUGAAUACCUUGAUCAGUUUGUUUGAGAGAUCCUAACACGAGAGUUUAUAUUCAAGGUGAAUGUUUGAUUCAAUAGCUUCUUAUAAGAAGAUUUGAGUUUGAUGAAAUGAAAAUACGAGGGAUUGUUAUACAUGUUUGUCUUUAUCUUGACAUAGUAACCUAAAGUGUUUGAGAAACUGGUUCAAUCUAAUUGAUGCCUAAAACUCAUUACUA